AUGGUUUCUUCCAUUUUUCACCCGUUCCCACGGCUCCCCGCCGAGCUUCGGCUCCAGAUUUGGGAGAACGCAUGCCUUCCAUCUCAAGAACAGCGCCGUGGUCUGCACUACUUCAAUCUUGACCAUGAUAAGAAACUCGUUUCGCUCGGCUGGAACCAGGGUACCUCGUCAGAGCUUCAGGGCCCCGCCGGCCAAGCCAGGAGAUCCGCCUACCUAUGGCAUGGAGGGCUCUGGACUGCUUGCAAAGAGUCAAGGGAGGUCGUUAUGAAGCACUGCCAGCUCAAAGAGUGGGGAGAUCUCAUAGAGCAAGCUGAGCGAGAAGACAAACGUGCCGGAAAUUAUAAAAGAAUGGCUGCGAUCUCUCGCUCGGUUGUUGGAGACGAGGGAGUUCCCCCAGGCAUGGUCGUGAUGCGGGAGGGCCAUGAGGAGUGGUACUUCAUUGUGUACCCUACCCGUGACAUCUUCUGUGUCACUUCCGACAACUGGGAAUCAGUUCUACGAUCGUGGUCAAUGUGGGAUGCUGAGUAUUAUCUCCCUCUCGCCUACAGUGUUCUGCCAUCCUUAUAUGUGGAGAAUAUCGCCUUCGAAUUCGACCCGAGUUGGAAUCACGACUUUCCAACAUGCAUACAUGAUUUGAUGGAAGAGAAAUCUGCUCGAGGCUGCCUAGCCAGGAUGGUUGAUUUCAUGGUGAGCACGCAUUCAUUUCGCUUCAACAUCUGGCUUGUCGACCAAACCGCCCGCUGGCGAGCAGAACCUGACCAGGUCGUCGGCCCAGUAUCUCACGAUUGCGAUGGCGAGUAUGUUCAGAUCGGGGUUUAUCAUACUUAUAAUGACCUUGAUGAAGGAGCGAGCGAGACCCCUAUCCUGCAAUUCAUACAGAAGUUUGGGUCCUUGGGCGACUUUUACUACAGAGACCUCGAAAGGGGAGACUGGAGCCCUAGACUCGACUACAUGCUCGAUCGCCCUAAUUACAGGGCUGAGAGUUCUAUCGGACUUCUUGUGCGCCGAGACAACUAUGUUACAGACGAGGAGUACUUCUGGUUCUACCCGGAAGAUGAAGGAGAAGAUGUUGGAAGUUGA